UUUGUCCAUAUCUUACAGAUUUCAUUUUGUGAGUUCAAUGUGGUGACUGAGUGACUAGGAUGACGUGAUCCGUGUGUUUCAGUCUUUUGUGUAGUGCUGUGUGAAGCAUGAAGAGUGACAAAGUGGCAUAACUUUGUCUGAUUAAAAUUUGGGGAGAAAAAACCCGUGUGAAUAAUAGAGAAUGGAUGGUGAGAGGAUGAGGAAGAUUCAGGAGCAGGAGGCCCUCAGAAAUAUCAUUACCCAAUGGAACGCAAACCGACUGGACCUCUUUUCCCUCUCCGAGCCGAACGAGGACCUGGAGUUCCAUGGUGUCAUGCGAUUCUACUUCCAAGAUGAGGGUCAGAAGGUGGCAACCAAGUGUAUUCGAGUGUCUAGUACAGCCACCACUAAUGCUGUCAUCCAGACUCUGAUUGAGAAGUUUCGUCCUGACAUGCGCAUGCUUACCAUCCCUGAAUAUGCCCUCUAUGAGAUCCAUGAAAAUGGAGAGGAGAGGCGGUUGGGAGGAGAGGAGAAACCACUGCUGGUACAGUUGAAUUGGCACAAGGAUGAUCGUGAAGGACGGUUCCUUCUUAGGCGCCUUGACAUCCAAUCCCCACAUUUCUCUGCUCUCCAUGGAACCACCCAGAAAACUCAGGUGAAUUCAUCUGUAUCUGAGGAGACAGGAAGUUUCAAGAGGAAGUUGUCAAAAAGGGAAAAGAAGCAGUUGAAGAAACAGGAGAAGUUGCGUCGCAUGAAAUCUGGUGCAGAGAAUGACACCAAUGUGGCUGAGAAAUUAUAUUCAGAACUUCCUGAGACAUCAUUCACACGCUCUAUCAGCAACCCAGAGGCAGUAAUGCGGCGGCGACGGCAACAGAAGUUGGAAAAGAAAUUGCAGCAGUUCCGGAGCCGGGAUGGGGGGCCAGAUACAGGUGGCACCUUGAAGAUCUAUGGGGAUGCACUGUGUCAAGAUGUUCCAUAUAAGACUCUCCUCCUCUCUGUGAGGGACACAGCUGCAUAUGUUGUCAGGGAGAUGCUUGACAAGUACAGCCUGGAUAAGGAGGAUCCUGCCAACUACUGUCUUGUUCAAAUUGUGACAGACCCAUCAGACCCAAGUGGACGUGCUGGUGGGACCAAGGAGUACAUCCUUGAUGAAGAUGAGUGUCCACUUGCCAUUCUCAUGACUCAUCAAAGUGAACGAGGGUCAGUGACAUUCCAUGUUAAGAGACGACCAGCAGAUUAUCAACCACGGCGGCGGAAGAAAAAGACCAAGCCUGGAUAUGAGGAUGGAGUCUAUCGUAGUGAUGAGGAAUUCCUACCAUAUUUCCUUGAACUUCAUCCAGGUGAAGUGACCAAAUACCAUAUUUUCAAAGCCUCUGGAACUGUGAACAGUUGCAGUGAAUUAGGUUGUUUUGGAUUGAACAAAAAUGGAAGCGAGAUCAGACAAGGGAUCCCACAGAGAUAUAGGUUGCAGUUGAAUGUAACUGAGGUUGGGAGUGAGCGCUCCUCCCAAACAGGUGGCCAGAGUCUACAACUGUUUGGGCCUAAUGUCCAGUCACGUCACUGUGUCAUUGCUCACAUGGAAGGAAUUGUUACCGUCACACCUUGCAGUCGGGAGGCUGAGACUUAUGUCAAUGGACAACGUAUCUAUGAGACUACACUACUCCAGCAUGGAGCAGUGGUACGGUUUGGUCGACAUCACACCUUCCGUUUCCUUGAUCCUACAGUGGAAGAACGUACUCGACAGCCUCCACUGCACCACCUCCGUAGCUCCUAUACGGAACGCAUGUCCAGCCAUGAAGGUUCUGCUCGAGGGUCCAUGUCUAGAAAUUUUGAGACCACAUUUGAUGUUGAUGGGAACAUUGAGACUGUGUCAACUGCAAGCUUCCGAGAUGACUCAAGGCGUAGCAGCAGGGCAUGGGAAGGAAGGAGUGGAGGUGUACGAGGUCAUGAGGCAAUUCUUCCAGCAACACUGGAGUUCCCUGAAGCUAAUGAGGAUGCAUUCCUUGCCUCCCUUACCACUGACUUGGAUGUCCAUAAUGUGCACUUCAAGCUUGCACCCACUUACACCUUGUAUCUGGCUGCCAGAUAUCGAGCAUCUGUACACUUUCGGCCUGACUUGACUCCACCAGAGCGAGCAAUCAAGCUGACCCAGGUUCUGAGCAAGGCAGGUAGAAUGGUGGAAGGAGCAAUCCAGGCUGCUGGAUCUAACCCUCCAGCCUUGUCAUUUUGGAUGGCCAACUCAUCUGAACUGCUUCACUUCCUCAAGACAGAUCGACAUAUCUCUGCAUACUCUCUUGAUGCCCAGGACAUCCUUGCAGAAUGUGUACAGUAUGGCUUUCGAGGGUUGGUGACACUGCUUCAAGGAGAUGUGGAGCGAUGCAUGCCACAGGUCCUGGAUGCCCACACAGAGGACUCAACCCUGUGCAUGGAGGGGAUUCUGGGGACACUAAGCCAUACCAUGGCCCUCCUCCGCACUUGCCGUGUUAAUGCUGCCCUCACCAUUCAGCUCUUCUCCCAUCUCUUCCAUUUUGUCAACAUGUGGCUCUUCAACAAGCUGGUGAUUGAGGGCCCUCUUCAGCUCUGCUCAAGGUUCUGGGGUGAGCGGCUGCAGCAGCGACUGAGUCACCUUGAGGCAUGGGCUGAGAAGCAGGGCCUAGAAUUGGCUGCUGACUGUCACCUUGCUCGCAUCACCCAAGCUGCUCAUCUCCUUCAGGCUCCAAAAUGGACACCAGAGGACAUAGCAGGUAUUAGUGCUGCCUGCUUCAAGCUCAACUCCCUCCAGCUCUGUAGCCUUCUUGAACGCUAUCAGCCAGCUGGAGAUGAGCCCAAGAUCCCACAGGACCUCAUCAACAAUGUUGUCAGGGUGGCUGAGAGUACAGCAGAUGAAAUUCUACGAUCAGAUGGUCGACCAAUCAAAUUGGAGGAGGAUGAGAAUCUUUUUCUACCUUUUAUGCUACCAGAGGAUGGGUAUUCAUGUGACAUUGUGAGAGGAAUUCCAUCAGGAUUGACAGAAUUCCUUGCCCCACUUCAGCAUGCAGGCCUUUGUCGCUUCACACCACAGCCCAAUUCCUCUGGCUUUUGGACCAUCUAUAUGGGUUCUGGUGAACCAGUUCAUGCAAGAAGUCCAAGUGCAAUGAGUGUGAGGAUGUCAUCCGCUGGAGACCAGGUUUCUCCCAGUGGACCCCAGGUUGUCACCAUUCAGCUCUGCAAGUCCAACAGUGGCAUGGGGCUCAGCAUUGUUGCUGCCAAGGUUUGUCUCCAUUUCUUCAUCAUAGCUAUGGUUAAUGGCUCCUCUGCACUGGUCAUCUUUGACCUCCUUGGAGAAGAUAUAGGCAACGGAGGGAAGAGAAUGGCGUACGCUUUCACCCCAAUGACUAUUCUCAACGGAGGACGUCCUCUGUUGGGGAAGUGA